GUUUUCACGACCUCGGGGGUGGUUGGAGCCGGAGCCGGAGCCUGCCAUUGUGGAAUCGAGAGCCCGAAGAUCCCAUAGGGAGACCAGCGGAACAGGCAGAGCGUCAACGUUUCCUGCUCGAUUUGCUCCUGCAAGUGCACAAGCCUCUGCUGCAUCAAGAAAUGACAGCCAUGGGGAGUCGUCUUAACGAGGAGCCAAGUGAUUACCAAGAGGGGGCCAUGCGGAGUCUGAGGGAAUUUCUGGAUAGUGUGCAUGAGAAUAAAGUUCCCCGGCCCUUUGGAAACUUCAGUCAGCUGGAUAAGGCGAUGCCCGAGCAGCUGUUGGGCGUGUAUCGGUUUCUGGUCCUAGCCAGGGAUUGGUACUCGUUCCAGCGAAACGCGUGCUAUGCCAGGAUACACUUUCACCCCAUUCUCUUUGUGAAUGCUUUGCAAUUGGCGGUGGAAGAGAGAGAGGACACCAAAGACUUGAGACUACCAGCCAUGUAUGAAGUGCUGCCGCAGCUGUUCUUCGAGGAGGAGGUGAUUCUGGCUGCCCAGGAAGUUUCCUGGCAGCAACUAGCUCCCACUAGGGCUGCAAGUCCUAAAAGCAGUUGGCUGGAGGUCCUCCGGGGUUAUCUCAGUCCCAGUCGACCGCUGGACAAGGAGGAGCCACUGAAUGCGGAUGCAGUAGUCAUCGAUGAUGAGAGGAAGGUGGCCCAUCUCAGCUUCGAUGUGCAGCUGAGUUCCUAUUGGAACAAUCUGAUUAAUCGGCUGAUUAUCUCGAUAGAGGCGUGGAAGGAGUCGGAAAGGGAUAUGCGGAUUGUAGACGGGGACCGCCAGAUGGCAUUUCGGGGACCCACUGAUGAACUCAAAUUCCAACACCAAUCACAGAACAGACUGUAUUCCAGGUUUCCUCAGCUAUUUUUCGAUGGUAUCGAACAAUUCGUGGCUGCCUUGAUGAUGGAAGACGUUGCCACAGGCCAAAUAUCGAUGGAGCUGAUUAAUCCACCGCUGAUCACAACCGGGGGUGUUCCCUUUACAGGCACUUCCAUGGACACAGAAGCCGUGCGUGGUGUCCUUAGCCAAACGAUUGAACAUCUGCAAGCACAGAUCAACGAUGCAGUCAGCAAUGUCACCCAGCCUUCUGACAUUCCUUUUAUUGCACUACAUUUAGUGGCCUCGCAGUAUCUGAAUAUCUGCCGGGACCUGAGUCUGGCCAUUAAUGAUCAUGGGCCAGGGCGGCCCAGCAUGCUGGGCUUGGCCACAGCCAACCUCAGGGAUCCAAUCUAUCGAUCAUUGCUUUUCCGACUGAACAGGCUGGUGUCCAGCUAUGAAGUGGGCGCGCCCCUCGUCAGUCAGUUGCCGAAGGCAUCCUUGGAAUCGAUUUUUGUCAGUCAUCUGCGCACGUUUGAACAGAUUGUCGACACAGAUCUCAUCAAUGUAAUGGACCAACAGCUGCUCCAAACGCACCGUAAUAACUUGAGAUUGCUACGACGUCGUCUUGUGGCACGUCAACGUCGUCUCAAUCAUGGCUCCUUUCAUAUAACCCUUGAACUAUCGGCCCCAGCGGAGAUCUCAGUGCAGACAGACCUCUAUUUGGCUCUUCGGAAUCAGUCAAGGCCACGCAUGCAUUUGGAUGGCUUUGUUAGCACUUUGCGAAAAGGCAUCAACGUGUUCCAACGACAUUUUUCAUCAUGCACGCUUGGAUGCGGCGAUGCGACGAUGAGCCAGCUCUAUGCCACCAAUUCCCCAGCGACAGAUGGCACCCGCUCGCAUGGUCUUCCCCCACACCUUCUGGUGCCACGGGGAGCUGAAGAGGGCCUCAAACUUCAAUUGAUCAUAGAGCUCACAGAACCAGGCCUCGAAAACGAGUGGUCUGGGGCUAUCCUGCACAAAGAGACGACGGAUGUUUUAAUCUUUCAUCAUUAGCCACUGCCCGAUUAAGCUGUAAUAUAUGCUAAGUGCUAAGUGCUAAGUGAUUGUUAAUUAAUUAAACUCCACCUCACACCAA